GCAUAUAUAUAAUGGAGGCAUGACACAGCGAGUAUGUGAUUGGCACAUUCCUUGUCUUUUAUUUGCCCCAAACCUCCAUUUACAGAAGAAGAACCGCAAGUCCAAGUCGAACAGGUGAUUGACUCAACAAAAUCACCCUGCUGGUAGGGAGAGGCAAGAUUUGAAACUCAAGCUAUGUGAUUUAAAACUUUCAUAUCUGCCAAGAGUUUAACAGUACCUGGGCGUGGGAGAUGGAGAAGAAAGGCUAUCUUGAAAUGAGUGUUGAAUGCAAACUAGCACUCUUAAAGUAUCUCUGUGAGUGUCAAUUUGAUGACAAUCUUAAAUUCAAGAAUAUAAUUAAUGAGGAGGAUGCUGAUACUAUGCGUCUCCAGCCAAUUGGGCGAGACAAAGAUGGCCUCAUGUAUUGGUACCAGUUGGAUCAAGACCACAAUGUGAGAAUGUACAUAGAAGAACAAGAUGAUCAAGAUGGCUCUUCUUGGAAAUGCAUUGUCAGAAAUCGAAACGAGUUGGCUGAGACUCUUGCACUCCUGAAAGCACAAAUUGAUCCUGUACUAUUGAAAAACUCUAGCCAACAGGAAGACUCUUCCCGGGAAAGUCCCACCCUAGAGGAUGAGGAGACUAAAAAAGACGAAGAAACACCUAAACAAGACGCAUCAAAAGAAAAUGAAAAGACAGAAGGCGAUGAGCAGUCAGUGGAUUCCAGAAAGCGUUCUGCGGCCAGUGCUCUAGAUGAGCCAGCUGUGAAAAUUGAGAAAGCAGAUGAAAAGGAGCUUGUGAAACUGCCAGUCAUUGUAAAGCUAGAAAAACCUUUGCUAGAAACUGAGGGAAAAAAGAUUAUCAGAGAGGAGAGUGAUUCUUUCAAAGAAAAUGUCAAACCCAUUAAAGUAGAAACAAAGGACUGCAGAGCGGACGCAAAAGAUCUCAAAGGCAGCUUGGAGCGGCUGGGCUCACAGGAGCCCGAGCGAGUGGACUUUGGUAGCAAUAUUAAAUCUUCUCAAGACAUCACAGAGAAAUCUACUGAGGAAACAGAGAAGCUUAAAAAUGAUCAGCAAGCCAAGAUACCACUGAAGAAACGUGAAAUUAAGCUGAGUGAUGAUUUUGACAGUCCAGUCAAAGGACCUUUGUGUAAGUCAGCUACUCCAACAAAAGAGUUUUUGAAAGAUGACAUAAAACAAGAGGAAGAGACUUGUAAACGGGUCUCUACCAUCAGUGCUUUGAGUCAUGAAGGGAAACAACUUGUGAAUGGAGAAAUUAAUGAUGACAAGGUAACUCCAAAUUUUAAGACAGAACAAAUGGAAACACAGCUCUGUGAUACAAAGGAAGAUAGCUCUAGUAUCCCUACUAAAGAUGGAGAUGAGAGCAUGGAGGAAAAUGGUGCGGAGUGCUUUAGUUCUGCUGUAACAAGCACAGAGGCAGGUGGACUUGAGAGAGAGGUGCCUCUAGGGAAGGGUGUAGAUAGCGCUGUACCUGACAUAGAGAGCCACAGUCAGAAAGGAAGGUUAGAGGAGCCUGGGCUUCCAAACAUGGAAAUGCCUCUUGAACCUUCUGAGAAAGCCGCGGAUCUCUCUUUAAAACCUACUUUGUCUGCCACUGAACCCUGCACUACAAAAGUUGAAGAGAAGGCCCCCAAAAGUAAGAGUGAGAACCACAGCCCAGGCAUAGAAUGCCUGGAAAGGGUGGAGAAGGCCAAGAAGACCUCCAUUGAUAAGGAUGUACAAAGGUUGAGUCCAAUACCAGAAGAAGUUUUAAAGGGUGCUCUAGAGUCAGAAAAGUCAGGUCCUUGCGAAGUGACUGAAACUCCUCUCCCACUGGAGAUGACUGAGGCCAAGGAGAGACAAACCUCAGGGGAAAAAGAUGUAGACCGUAGUAGAGGUUCAAGUGAAGGUCAGUCCCUUGAAAAUACAAGCCCAGAAGUUCUACAAGAGGGUUCUGAGUCCUCCAGGGUGGAAAUGGCCAAACUGGACAAUGCCCAGACCUCUGGCAUGGAGGAUACUUCUGAAACAAAGGGCUCUGUGCAAAAAAACAAAUUUAAAUAUAAGUUAGUUUCUGAAAGAAACAGUACUGCUUCAGAAAAUACAGAGAUCACCUCUGAAAGGAAGAAGGAAGGCAUCAAGUUGACAAUUAGGAUAUCAAGUCGGAAGAAGAAGCCAGAUUGUCCCCCUCAAAUUGUAGACACGGAAAGCAAGGAAGAGAAAUCAGGGAAGGAAGAAGAGAAAACAAGUGUGGGUCGAACUUUAAGAAGGUCUCCGAGAAUAUCUAGGCCCACGGCAAAAGUUGCUGAGAUCAGGGUCCAGAAAGCUGAUAAGAAAAGAACCGAAGGAGAAGAUGGAGUCGAAGGGGAACCAGCAUCUUUGCAAACGGCAGACAAAAAGGAACACUUGAAGAAAACAGAGAAGGAUACAAAUUCUAAAACAAGCAAGGUAAAACCCAAAGGCAAAGUUCGAUGGACUGGCUCUCGGACGCGUGGCAGGUGGAAAUACUCCAGCAAUGACGAAAGUGAAGGGUCCGAGAGUGACAAAUCCUCAGCAGCCUCAGAAGAGGAGGAAGGAAAGGAAAAUGAAGAAGCAGUCCUUCCAGAUGACGAUGAACCUUGCAAAAAGUGUGGCCUUCCGAACCAUCCAGAACUAAUUCUUCUGUGUGAUUCUUGUGACAGUGGAUACCAUACUGCCUGCCUCCGCCCUCCUCUGAUGAUUAUCCCUGAUGGAGAAUGGUUCUGCCCUCCUUGCCAACAUAAACUACUGUGUGAAAAAUUAGAAGAACAGUUGCAAGAUUUGGAUGUUGCCUUAAAGAAGAAAGAACGUGCAGAGCGAAGGAAAGAACGCUUGGUGUAUGUUGGUAUCAGUAUUGAAAACAUCAUUCCUCCACAAGAGCCUGAUUUUCCUGAAGAUCAAGAAGAAAAGAAAAAAGAUGCAAAAAAAUCCAAAGCAAAUGUACUUGAAAGGAGAUCAACAAGAACAAGGAAAUGUAUAAGCUACAGAUUUGAUGAAUUUGAUGAGGCAAUUGAUGAAGCUAUAGAAGAUGAUAUUAAAGAGGCUGAUGGAGGAGGAGUUGGCCGAGGAAAAGAUAUCUCUACCAUCACAGGUCACCGUGGCAAAGACAUUUCUACUAUUUUGGAUGAAGAAAGAAAGGAAAAUAAACGGCCCCAGAGGGCAGCUGCUGCUCGCAGGAAGAAACGCCGGCGACUUAAUGAUCUUGAUAGUGAUAGCAACCUAGAUGAAGAAGAGAGUGAGGAUGAAUUCAAGAUCAGUGAUGGAUCUCAGGAUGAGUUCGUUGUGUCUGAUGAAAAUCCAGAUGAAAGUGAAGAAGAUCCACCAUCCAAUGAGGACAGCGACACUGACUUCUGCAGCCGAAGACUGAGGCGGCAUCCUUCUCGGCCAAUGAGGCAAAGCAGGCGUUUGCGGAGAAAGACUCCAAAGAAGAAGUACUCUGAUGAUGAUGAGGAGGAAGAAGAAUCUGAGGAAAACAGCAGAGACUCUGAAAGUGACUUUAGCGAUGAUUUUAGUGAUGAUUUUGUAGAAACCCGGCGAAGGCGAUCAAGAAGGAACCAGAAAAGACAAAUUAAUUACAAAGAAGAUUCAGAAAGUGAUGGUUCCCAGAAAAGUCUCCGACGUGGUAAAGAAAUCAGGCGAGUUCACAAGCGCAGACUUUCCAGCUCAGAGAGUGAAGAGAGCUAUAUGUCCAAGAACUCUGAAGAUGACGAGCUAACAAAAGAAUCGAAGCGAUCUGUUCGAAAACGAGGCCGAAGCACAGAUGAAUAUUCAGAAGCAGAUGAGGAUGAUGAAGAGGAAGGCAAACCAUCCCGCAAGCGGCUACACCGGAUUGAGACAGAUGAGGAGAGCUGUGACAAUGCUCAUGGGGAUGCAGAUCAGCCUGCCCGUGACAGCCAGCCCAGUGUACUGCCCUCAGAGCAAGAGUGCAGCAAGAAGCCGUACCGGAUAGAGAGUGAUGAGGAAGAGGACUUUGAAAACGUGGGCAAAGUUGGGAGCCCAUUGGACUACAGCCUAGUAGACUUGCCUUCCACCAAUGGACAGAGUCCUGGCAAGGCCAUUGAGAACUUGAUGGGCAAAGCAACUGAAAAGUCCCAGACCCCCAAGGACAAUGGCACAGCCAGUGCAAGUCUAGCCCCCAAUGGGACAAGUGGUGGACAGGAAGUGGGGGCACCAGAAGAAGAUGAAGAUGAGCUUCUGCGAGUGACUGACCUUGUUGAUUAUGUCUGUAACAGUGAACAGUUAUAAGACUUCUUUCCAUUUUUGUGCUAAUUUAUUCCAUGGUAGCUCUCACACCAGCGGGCCAGUUAGUGAAGCUGUUUAAUUUUUCCUAGAAAACUCCACUACAGAACGACUUUUUAGAAGAAAAAUUUCAACAGAUCUUGAAGUCUUUCUGGAAAGUGACCAGUUUUGAACUUUGAAGAUUAAUAAUUGCUGUAAAUUCCUUUUGAUUUUCUUUUUCCAAGUUCAUGGUCCUUGGUAAUUUCAUUCAUGGGAAAAAAUCUUAUUAUAAUAACAACAAAGAUUUGUAUAUUUUUGACUUUAUAUUUCCUGAGCUCUCCUGACUUUGUGAAAAGGGUGGAUACGAAUGCAUUCCAAAUCUGUGAGGGCCCAAAACAGAAUUUAGGGUGGGAGAAAGCACUUGUGCUUUAGCUUUUCAUAUUAAAUAUAUAUUAUAUUUAAACAUUCAUGGCAUAGAUGAUGAUUAACGAACUGUUUAAAAGUUCAUGUCUGUACUGUUGCAGUUUGAGUAUUGUAGAUAACAUCACACAAAUAUCACUUAGUAAUAGCUUUUGUGACAUCAGUUGGUUUACUAUUGGAGUUACCACACUUUAAAUAAAAAAAGAGACCCUGGAAGCACCAUCAUAAAACACUUUAACCUAAGUUUAUGUUAUAGCAGAGUUUCUUGUUAUAAAAAAAAAAAUCAUCUGGAAAGUAUUUGUAUAGUAAAAUGUAUAAUGAAGCUUUGACAACCAGAUUGUACUAACAGAAUCUUUUCAAUAGCUUUUAAAGCUUUUGUAAUAAAUUAGAUGGCCUCUGCGUGCUGGGCCAGGUGGGCAGUUAGUGAAAUAAGUGGUCUUUCCCUAAAAUCCAGGUACACUAUAAACUUUGCCAGUAGUGUUAACUCUUCAGGCCACAUGGUGUUCACCAUCUGAGAUGCCAUUUUGAAUAUAAUACAUCUAAAUAUAACAUGGAGAUGCUAAGCUGUGUAUUUUAGCACAUUUGAAGAAUGAGAAGGGAUUUUCAGGUGAAUUUUAACUGGUUUAUUCUUGCCCUUACUAUCUACUUCAAAUUGAAGUCUACAAACAAAGCAGUUCCUUUGGGAGGUUUUUAGUUUUGAGUUUAAGCAUGUGUAUGGUGUGUGAUUUGUAUGGUGUGUGUGUGUGUGUGUGUGUGUGUGUGUGUGUGUGUGUGUGUGUGAAUUUUCUAUCUGCCUGGAUAUAUUAGCAGGGUUUGAAUGUAAUUUUGGCCUUUGGCCAUUAUAUACUUCUAUUAAAAUCCAUUAAUAGUCACACAACCAACAGAAUUGAAUGAGAACCGCUAAUAUACUUAAUAAGUAUAAUUUCCACUUUAAACAUCUCAAUACUUUAAGGAUACGCCCUUUGCUUCAAGAAUAGGCGGUUUUUAAAUCAAUGUAACAUAGCUGACACUAAAAUACGAACGUAUAUCUUAGUUUCUGUUACAGUUGUGAAGUUACAGGCACAGCCCUAACCCUGCACAACUGUAGGAUUUGUGAUUCGCCUUGCUUGGCACAUCCUGAAGCCUUCAGCAUUUGCUUCAGUGUGUGCCUUUGCCCUGAUAUUCGGGUUUUCUGUUCCAGUGUUGUCUGUUGCCGGCAAUAGACAUGCUGUAUCUGCUGCUGGCUCAAGGACUUUCACUUUUCUUCUCAGAUUAAUUAUUAUAUGUAGUUAAUGUACAGUAAACCACUUUUUUUCUUUUUAAUUGAAAGCUGGCAUUAGACUUGUGUCAUGAAAACCUCUGGACACUUUAUGCUUCUACUUUCUGUUCCUUGACAGAUACACUCUUAAAUCUUAUCUCCUGGCCUAUAAAUUUGAGUGCUGAUUUUUUUUUUCAGUUAUUUGAUUUUGGUUUCACGUUAGUUCCAUAGUACUUGAGCGUUAAUGUUCGCUAUGACUGUAGCAGUGAACUUACAUUUGUGUAACAAUCAAACCAUGAGAGCAGCCUAAGAAAACAAGGAUGCAGCAGCCACUGCAGAGCCAGCUGUGGCUUCAUCUUGAAAUAGUGUCGUGCUGGAAGGACAGGGCGGGCUUACAUUCACAGGCAGUGAAGGACUAAAAGGAACCACAGUUACAUGCAUAACUUCCUUUCUAGCUGUUGUGUUACUUGAAAAUCAGCUAAGAAGUUUUUUCACUGUCUAGAACAGACAGGCAGAAGGACUCCUACUACUGUGUGGUAAGAGAUUCUUGUUCCGCAGUCUAAGAGGGUUUCAGUCCUGCAACCAGGUAAAGCCGCUGUGGUGUAGAAAAUCUCCUAUGUGCCUGUCUCUACCUCUGCACACACCAGCACUUGCAUCCACCUAUCAAUUCUAUUCGUCAUUUACACAGAUGAUUAGAAGUAGUAAAUGGAUAGCUAACUCAACAAGCAUGCAGAAUGUGAAGUAACUUCUUAUUCUUCUGCUAUGGAAAACCCACAGUAAUUUUUAUAGUAAAGACUCAGUAUUCCACUUAGCAAAUGUCCCACUGACUUGGGUUUCAAAACCACUUGUGCUACCUGAUUCUUAUUAAACUUGAGUGUCAACUUCAUAAUGAGUGUCUCCCUUCUAACUUUACAUUCUCAUUAGACCAACUGGCUAUAAAGAGUAAUCCAGGCAGCUAAUAUAUACCAAUUCUUAGUAUCCAGCUUCUUCUGCUUGGCUUUUUUGUCGUUUCUGUUCAUGUUGGAGACCGAAUCCAGGGCCUCAUGCAUACUAGGUAAGUGUUCUAACACUGGGCUAAAACUCUUGCCCUGCUUAGUGUUCAGAUUCAGUCCCUCAGAGUCUGUUAUCUCUCAGAAAUCCUUAUUUGGAAGAUGUUCCCAAUGAGGUUUCUGUUGCUGCUGUUAAAAAUAAAUAUUCUGUAUCAAAAAUUCUGAUAAAACCAUUAAGAACUGGUGGAUAGAAAGGAAAACAGGCAUGUAGACUAUCUUCAAUCCUUGAUAGAUUCAGAUUUACAAUAGAUUUUUAGAGUUUUUCCCUUUAAUAAUUUCAGUGACCCCCUCCUACCUUUUGAAAUACAAAUGUUGAACUUGUAUCAAAAGGCUUGUCAGACACUUAGUCUACAACUUAUGCUUUUAAGUGGAGAUACAAUGUAGUAUUCAGUGUUUAGUUUGCGGUUUCAGUAAAGUUUGAGAGCUAGACAUAUUUUUACAGUUCCCGAACUUAGAGUUGAAAUAGUGUAUGAAAAUGACUCAGACUGGUUUGUACAUGUGUGAUGAUACCAUGUUUAUUGUAGAGUGUUACUGCAAAGUCAUGUGUUUUCAACAAUACACAUGACACAGAGGUGGUUUCCUUGACGUCUUCUCCAGUUGGUCAAGGUUGCAGAUUGAGAGGAUAAAAAGUUACAUUAAGAAUGAAUUCAUGUUUACUGGUAACUCAUUUUUUAAAAAGUGAUCUGCCAAAGAACCAAGAACUUCAGAUAUUAAUGAAAUUGUUGUGGGGAAAAAGAUUUUUAAAAGGAUGUUAUUACUUCUCAUUUUCUAGUUGCUAGAACUUAUCCUACAUAAUAAACAUUGAAGCAAAGUACAUAUAUUAAGAAAAAUGUGGACACUUACUUGUUUGUUUAAAUAGAGAGUUAAAAUGAUGGAGAAUGUGUCAGUAGUUUUAAUGUGGGGUGAGUGGAGUUCCCUUUGUGACAAGAAUACCUGUUUAGCCUUGUUGGUAGGCAUGAGGUCUUAGCCCUCACUAGUUCCUCUACCAGAAGAUGGAAAACACUGAACAGAUGUGUAACUCUCAGAAAAUGCUGUGAGUCCACUGCCAGCUGUCACAGUGGAGCAGGUCUUUAGUUCAGGGUGGUGUCUUAGCUUUAGAACAGAUGCUCAACGAUAUUUCUUAUGAGGAAAUGUGUACAUACACACAUUGUGGAUAACCACUAGAAUGCUGAAUUCAUCAUGAACUGAGUUACUAAAUGUAUAAGGCAAAUAAUUGUGACAAAAUUAUGAAUAUGAUUCAACUAUAGAAGGUUUAAAGAAAAAAAUAGUUUUUCUUGAUGGUUUGACAUUCUCAAGACAUUUCUGGUUUUCUUAAGCAGAGAAUGCCAAGGCCACAUACGUGUCUGCUGUAAUCUCCAUAGUCCUUGUCUGUUAAUAUGAUCCAUUAGUGAACUCUCAGAACAAAACUCAUUCAUGUUUUAUCCGCCACUCCCAGAGAAACCCUGGAAAUGGCAAGCUAGCUGCUGUUUUAUUUCCUCAUUGUUUUUAUCCUGAUCCUGAAAGGAGAAAAAGAAAACAAAAACCUUUGCUAUCAUCCAGUUUUAGACUGGAUUAUUGUUAUGCUUCCACUUAAUUUCCAAAUAUUUUGCUCUAACUUAAAUGAGGUAACUUUAUUUUGAGUGCCAAGGUUUACUAGAUAACUGGCUGCAUAACACUGAAGACAAGUCAUUCCCAUGUAAACAGUCAUAAGCCAAAAUAAGGUAGCCUUGGUAGUGAGCCACCUUAGAUUGUAUACUCAGCCCUUGUUGCUUAUACAGACCUCAGAAGUUGAUUAGAACAGAGGUCCCUGCGUUUCCCACUCCUGGUCAUGAACACAGUUCCCUGCCCUAUCUCACAUUUAUAACAUUUUGCUCUAAGAGAAUGUUCUGGCACACUCACCAUAGGGGUUUCAGUUCAUGGAGGUGUUGUUCUGAUCUUAAUAAUGUUGUAGAUACAUCUAUCUCACACACCAGGUAUGGGAUAGAAUAUAACAGAUUACCAGUGAGUAGGGAUUUAUUACGCUCUAGAUAUUUUAAAUGAGAAAAAAAUUAAGAAACUAUAUUUAUGGGGAUUUUUCUGUUUUUGUUUUUUGUUUUUUGCCAAACUGGCACAAGCUAGAAAAUGUGCAAAGGACUGAAUAAGCUCCCUAUUCUUUUUGCCACCAGAUGAUACAAGAAUGAGCUUGUUUAACUAUAUAUUUUCUUGAUUUUCAUCAGUUUCAGAAGGAGUCUAACUUAAGCAUUUGGGGUUUGUUUGAUCUGUAUUUAUUGCAUCCUGGUCAUAGGCCAGGAGCCUGCAUGUUAUGUUUAUGGACAGCUAGAACACAGCCAUAUGGAACUUAAUGGCUCAACAUCUAAAUAAUUUAACUUAUUUUGUACGUUGCAAAAAAGAAAAAAAAGUUUAUUUUGCUUGAGAGUCACAUUUUUUUAUAACUGUACAGCUUUUAAGGGAUGGGAGGUGGGGAAAUACCCUAAAAUAGGAUGUAGAUUUUUACAGUUGUGUUUAUGCUAGAACAUCUAUGGGAGCAUUACGUAAUUAAACCUCGAAUUGUUUAAAACCUUGUGCCAUGGUCUUUUUCGUUAUAUUGCCCUUUAGCAAGAGUUGGUGCAUGUCAAUACUGCACUGCUGUGUGGACAGGCCUUGAGAUUAAACUAAUACCUGUUUCCAAAGCUUUCAUACCAUUGCAUGAGACUUCCUUGCACACACACACGCACACACACAGUUCCUGUUAGUGUAAUGCAUCUUCAGGAUCAGCAUAACUUAUUGUGCAGACCAGCAGCAUCCUUCUUUCCACGCAUGCCUUUGUGGUGCUGUCUAGGGUGUUACUGAUGUUGGUGUGUUUUGUUCUCUCGUCAAAGAAGUUUCUUGGUCAUAAUGUCUGGAUAGUACCUUGCCCAAAACACCCACUGGGUUUCCCGUGCACUUUAAGAAGGGUUGUCCUAUGUUGAGAUGGAGAUGGGAAGGGGGCAGGGCCAGUUUCUUAUGUGUAAGAGAAGGAAAAACUAGAAUUGUUGACUGUUCUGUAGACUUACCCACCUCCACACAAAUAAUUUGCUGAAACUUGGCAGGAAUGGAAAUCACAUUAAAUUUUCUGUCCCUCCUUAUUUGGUAAGUAAUUUUAUAAUCUAUUAGAACUGCUGCUGGCAGUCUUCCCUGGCACAUUUUACCAUGCUAUAGCCACACCUUUUUAAAUGUCAAUACUUACCCACCCACCCACCCCCCACCCCGCUAUCUGGUAAUUUCAGCAUUCUGAUUUACUACCUGGAUAGCACAACUGUAUUCUUAUAAGAAAUUAAAUUUAUCUAAGUGUGUCAAUUUCUAAGUAACCUUCAACUGCUGGCAACUAAUUUGGGACAUAAUUUCUUUUGCUAUUUUUAUUCAUUUAGAGGCUUAGGGACCAUGAGUUUCAAUGUGAAGAGUUUAAAUUCCAGCUAAGAGUUUGUAAAUUGGCUUAUUUUAGAAUCUCACUUCAAUUUUAAAAUAGUAACUGAGUUUCAGGAAGCACCUAAUCAGAACAUGUCUUGGAUUUUAAGAUGCGCUUACUUGGAAUACUUUAUUUUCCCUAUGCAUAAAAGAAAAAUAUUGCUGGAAUAAUUCUCCAACUACUGUUUUUAGAUGAGAGCUGAAGCAGAAGCUUCAAGACUAGCAAUCAAAGUAACUCUUGAGGUAAUUAGGAUCAUGCUGUUAGUCAAAGAGAAUUGGAGUGCACUGUCACAUAAUAAUGUAGUACUGCAUGUGUGAAUAAGGUGCACAGAGAUCUGCAAAGGUAACUGGUAACACAAGUGAAGUUUGUGUAUGGAGAGUACGGCAGGUCCUGAGAGCUUCAAGCUUCAGGAGUGUUAGAACUAUAGUUCUUAGUUGUUUAAAUAUAAUAUUUCUUGUGACAACCAAAAUAUGUUGUGGCUGGUGCCAAUAUUUUCGUUAAUGAAAUGUUGAAUGUCGCAUUACAGUCUGAUCAGAAUUCUCAGUGUAAUAAGCCAGGCCUAAGCCAUUUUAUAGCUAUUGGCCUAACUGUGUAACUUUUUUCAAAAUGUUUUAUUAUAAUACUUGUCAUUUCUUUCACUUAAUAUAUGUUAAUUGUCAUAAUAAAAAGUUUAAAUAA